UCACCAGUGGGCAUGGGGCACAGUGCUGUUUACAGCAGAGUAGAUGCUCCUUUAUUUCUUCCUUUGCUUUUCCUGGCACAUCCGGUCCAGAGGCCCUUCCUGGAGCCCAUCAUCGAGCAUCCUGAGGGAAGGAGGAAUUCAUCAGGUUGGUCACAGAAACUCAUUUUCAGAGGGAUGUCCCAGGCAGAUACCUUACCAGGCAAGGGAAGGGCACCGUUGCUAUUCAUAGGACCGUCUUUUUCUGGUGGAGCUGAAAGAGCUUCUGAAGCUCAAGUUCAGGGUCUUGUAUCUUUUGAGGAGGUGGUUGUGUCUUUCUCUGAGGAGGAGGGGGCUCAGCUGAAUAUCGACCAAAAGGCUCUGCAUAGGGAGGUCAUGCUGGAGAAUUCCAGGAAUGUGGAAUCUCUGGGAAUAAAUGGGUAUAAGAAUGAAAAUGACAAGCAAGUAUUACAGACAAUCAAGUGUGAAGAAGGAAAAAGGAUAAUCAUAGGUCAAAUGGAAGCAAUAAGGCAAGAAGGAAACACAUCAAACUAUGGAAGGAAGAAAAGCUCCAUUUUUCAAUUUGUUCCGGUUCAAGAUGUCGAUGUUCAACAAGGACACAAAGGAAAAAGAAGAAAAUGCUUAUGGAAAAAUGUGAAAAUUUUCCAAGAUAAUAUAGAUUUAAAGAAACAUUACAGAACUCACACUAAAGGGCAACCAUUUCAGUGCAGGGAGGAUGAAAAAAGUUGCAAUCCAACUUUCAAACUUUCUUUACGUGAGAGAGUAAAGAUGGGAGAGAAACCAUAUACAUGCGUGGAAUGUGGAAAAAGCUUCAGCAAAAGCAGUUCCCUUGUUUCCCAUAAAAGGAUCCACAUAGGGGAGAAGCCCUAUAAAUGCACGGAGUGUGGAAAGAACUUCCGUGAAAAUGGGUCCCUUAAUAUACACAAAAGAAUCCAUACAGGGGAGAAACCAUAUGAAUGUGUGGAAUGCGGGAAAAGUUUCAGCAAAAGCAGUUCCCUUGUUUCCCAUAAAAGGAUCCACACAGGGGAGAAGCCCUAUAAAUGCCUGGAGUGUGGGAAGAACUUCCGUGAAAAAGGGUCCCUUAAUAUACACAAAAGAAUCCAUACAGGGGAGAAACCAUAUGAAUGCACAGAGUGUGGAAAGAGCUUCAGGUGGAGCAGCUUGUUUACUUACCAUAAAAGGAUCCACACAGGGGAGAAGCCCUAUAAAUGCCUGGAGUGUGGGAAGAACUUCCGUGAAAAAUUGUUCCUUGCUAGGCAUCAAAGGAUCCACUCAGGGGAGAAACCAUAUCAAUGCAAGGAGUGUGGGAAGACCUUCACGUGUAAUAGUCAGCUUACUUCCCAUAAAAGUAGCCACACAGGUGACAAACCCUAUCAAUGCCUGGACUGUGGAAAGAGCUUCACUUGGAGCAGUCAGCUUACUUCCCACAAAAGGAUCCAUUCAGGCACAAAACCAUAUAAAUGUUUGGAAUGCGGGAAGCGUUUCACAUAUAACAGUUACCUUACUUCCCAUAAAAAUGUCCACACUGGAGAGAAGCCAUAUAAGUGCAUGGAGUGCGGAAAGAGGUUCAGUAGCAGUAGGCAGCUUACUUCCCAUACCAGUAUCCACACAGGGGGGAAACCAUAUAAAUGUAUGGAGUGUGGAAAAAAAUUCAGCAACAGCAGUUCCCUUUCUUUUCAUAAAAGGAUCUGCACAGGGGAGAAACCAUACAAAUGCUCGGAGUGUGGAAAGAGCUUCCGUGAAAAUGGGACCCUUACUUCCCACAAAAGGAUUCACACGGGGGAGAAACCGUAUGCAUGUCCUGAGUGUGGAAAGAGCUUCACGUGGAUCAGCCAGCUCGCUUCUCAUAAAAGUGUUCAUACAGGAGAGAAGCCGUAUCAAUGCAGAGUGUGGGAAGAGCUUCAGCAGUAGCAGUUACUUUACUUCCCAUAAAAAGAUUCAUUCUGGUGAGAAUCCCUAAAAAUAUUAGAUGGUUCCAUCCAGCAGUAUCCUACUUCCUGAAGUAGAAAAGGUACUUUUUCUGAAUCCUAAAUCCAAUUAAAAUCUGACCUUUGCUAAAGCU